AUGGCCGGCCCGUCCAUCCAGGAUCGCACGGGCGAGUUUCACGCCAUUCUCGGCCAGGCCCAGAAACGCCUAGCCUCCAGUAAAGCCGGCCCUCAGCGCCAGGCCCUCCUGUCCGAUGCGCAGCGUCGACAAGCCAAUGGGUCCGCCGAUGCACAACAUCCGGGGAAGCGACGGUCGGAGUUUGCGCGGAGAGCCGUGGAGAUCGGACGCGGGAUCACGGCGACGACCGCCAAGUUGCAGCGGCUGGCUGAGUUGGCAAAACGCAAGACACUCUUCGACGACAGACCGGUCGAAAUCUCCGAAUUGACCUAUGUCAUCAAGCAAGAUCUUGCUUCCCUGAACCAACAGAUUGCCUCGUUGCAAGCGCUCACCCUCUCCCAACAUCCGAAGAACACCCGGUCCAAAGCGGACCAGGAAGGCGAGCAUAAUGAUAAUGUGGUCGUAAUGCUGCAAGGCAAACUGGCCGACGUGGGCGCCAACUUCAAGGACGUCCUCGAAGUGCGCACGAAGAACAUCCAAGCGUCGCGCUCGCGCACCGAGAACUUCGUCUCCUCUGUCUCGCAAAAGUCUCACACGGCCCUCGACCCCCAGCGCUCCGACUCCCCGCUCUACAAUCCCUCCGGCCGGCGGACGCCCCAGCCCGGCGGCGGUAUCGGCGGCGGUGGCGCCGACCUCCUGACCCUGGAACCCACGAACCCGUCGCCGCUGGGCCGGCCAUCGAUCCACUCGGAUCAGCAGCUCCUCGUGAUGGAGGAGGCGCAGACGAACAACGCCUACAUCCAGGGCCGCGGCGAGGCCAUCGAGGCCAUUGAGCGGACGAUCAGCGAGCUCGGCGGGAUUUUCGGGCAGUUGGCCCAGAUGGUCAGCGAGCAGUCGGAGAUGAUCCAGCGCAUCGACGCCAACACGGAGGACGUGGUGGACAACGUGCAGGGCGCGCAGCGCGAGCUGAUGAAGUACUGGACGCGGGUCUCGGGCAACCGCUGGCUGAUCGCCAAGAUGUUUGGCAUUCUCAUGGUAUACCUGCCUCUUAUAACUCCCCUGCCAACUUUCAAUGUUCAAUAUGCUGACCUACGCCGUUAA